AUGUCUCAUCUGACGUCGCCGAUUUUGCUGAAGCGCCGCGCGAGUACCUUUCGUGUAUGCGCGGUCGGCGAUGUGAUCAAUGUGCAGUCGCUGGGGAUGGAAGGGUCCGAAAGCAGCGCUAGCUUCAUGGGGCACGACGCCUUCACCUACUCUUCUCAACUUCCGGACACCGUCAGCGCCAUCAGCCCCGGCGAUUCCGUAUCGCACGAGCCCAGCACGUGUGUCUUCACCAGCUCCCCGGGCACGCGCCGCUUCCGACCCGCGAGUCUGACGCUUCGCCGGAACUUCUUGAAGCAGUUCAGCGGUGGUGCUUGUCGCGCCAUCCUUCGCGCUGUCUUGGUGCUCGUCCUCCUGAUCAUGCUCUACACACUGGUCGCAACAAACCUUUCGGAAGACGCCUUUGCGGACAGCGUGAGGGAUCCGAUUGGCUACCUGUUGAAUCUGAGAGACCCGGAGCACGACCCGUGGUCGGUGCUGGUGCAGCACGAGGAUGCCGUGAGCCGGCUCAACAUAGCGCCUCAGCAAAACUGCCGCAUUGGAUCGAUGCUCUGCAGCCCGCUGCGCAUCGGCGCGGCCUUCCUGCCCUCGUGGACACUGCGCGUUGUGGAGAGGGACUGCGCGGACUGCAUGGACACCUACACUUACCGCACCACUGUGAAAGGGGUGCGACUGCACAAGCGCCAUGGCGUGUACGCGACGUCGUCUGCACCGCUGGGCCGUGUCGGGCCGAUGCUGCUGGCGAUGACGAGCGUGACGGACGACGUGAAUGUGCGCACGGAGCUGCCGCAGUGGGAGUGGCUGCGGCACGUGUACGGUGAAGGGUUUCCGACCGUGGGUGGCGCUGGCGAGGGGGCUGCGCAGCCGCGGAGACCGUAUCUUGCCGUGAUGGGCAUCCCGUCGACGGAUCAGCCGGCGCGUGCUGCCCUGCGUGAGGCACAGCGCAGGACGUGGCUGACGUACCAGGAGGUGGCGCGCACGGAGAACCACUUCGAUGCCGCGCUGCUGGCGCUGUACGUCUUCGCCGCGGUGGAGCCCAAGGCGGCGCCGGACGCAUCAGAGAGCUCUUCGGCAUCCGCGCACAACGGCACGUCCGCUGCCGAGCCGAGGCGAGGGCGCCUGAGCGCGCUGCUGCCGACGACGACGGAGUACAAGGCUGCCACCGAGGCGCUUCUGACGGCGACUGCGCAGGCCGAGGGCAUCGGCGACCUGGCCGCUGAGGGCAUUGUGCAGCGCCGGAUGGAGCUCCGCCGCAACUGGAACAUCGCUGCCGUCGAGGACACACCGUGUGCGGAUGUGAUCAGCCGCCGCGUGACUGUCGGCGCGGAGACGUCUGCGCUGUUGUACCUGAGCGGUGCCCUGUCGCUCCCCGUGACACCCGCGUUCACGUCGCCGGCGGAGUACGUCUGCCACGCGUCGUCUGCGCUGUGGCAGGAGGCGCUGACGCACCGCAACGUUGUGUGGAUCGACAUGAUGACGGACCGCCGGCCGACCACGAACAAGAAGCUUGGCGAGGACGGCAAGUGGGGUCUUCCCGUGGAGGUUGGGAUGAGCCAGAAGCUGAUCCUGUGGCUGGAGUACGCGUACCACGCCUUCAAGAAUGUGCCUUUCAUCAUCAAGGGCGAUGACGACAGCUACGUGAAGGUGCCGCAGUUCCUGAGCGAUGUGCGGUACGUGAUGGGUGGCGCACAAAAACGGGUGCCGCCGCCGGCUGUGGAUGGGGUGCAGAACAGCGCGUACGCGGUGGACGUGAACGCGACGGAGUGUGCGUACUGGGGCAGCACGCGAGUCUUCAAGAACGCACAGUUCAACGCCGGCAUGACGUUCAUGGUGCACAGGCUUCUUGCUCAGGUCGUGUUGGAGCAGCGGGGUGAGGAAAAACAGGUCGACGCUGUGAAGAUGGCGAUGAUGGAGUUCGAUGCGAACUUGUCGAAGGUGUACCGCGCUGCCCGAUUUCAUCAGGAGGACAUUCUGAUGGGGCUGCUGAUUCGAGGCUCGCUCCGCCGCGCUCGCGAGAUCUGCCCUAACAAUCGCGUGUGGUAUGUAAGGGAAGGUUUUGCUCGCUUCCACGACUUGCACCGCGGUAGGAUGCACGACGUGACGUGGUCGACGGUCGUGGCGCAUCGCUGCACCCCCGCUGAUUAUUAUUACCUGCACCACUUCUUCCAGAAGGAACUGGGUGCCACGUUGGCGGGGUUGAACGGAAGGAGCCGUGCUGAGAAGGACGCUGUGGCGCAGGCGGCGGAGUGGGUGGCGGAGAGGCGGCGUUCCACGGGGCCCGCGGUGGUGGGCUGGGACACCUUGCCGGAGGUGAGGUGGGUGCGCGCGCUGAAGCGGACGCCUGCUUACGACAUGGCGGAGGCGGAUGGGGUGCCGGUGUAUCACAACAAGUACGAGUACUGGGCGAAUCCUGCCACGUCUGUCGACGAUGGCUACUGCUCUCUACCGCAGAAGUGA